GUCAUCGGCAGGCGCGGUUGCCAGAGCAGCAGUUGUCAGCGCUUGCUUGGGAGGUAGAAGAUGGAAGCGGAGGAAGGAGAGCCGUUUCUGAGAAGACUGAUGGCGCUGCAGGCGUGUGUUCGGGGUCACCUCAUCAGGAACAAGUUUCAAAGCUUAAAGGGAGACUACGAGAGCAUUGUAAAGCAAAUUGAAGGGAAUCUGGAUGAGCUGCAGUGGAGUCAACAUGCCAUACCAAAGCCUGUUUUUCUCUCAAAGUCUGCGCAGAAGCCAAGUCAAAGAAGGGAAUUAAGUGGCCAAGAGAUGGGAUUCAGCAAGCAGGGCAGUGCCCACAAUGAAGAGCAGAAGUUUAGUAAUCAAGAAACAUUACAAACAGAAAAUGACUGUAACUGUGAGAUGCAACUUCCAAGCCAGCUUCUGGAUGAAAGAGCUGCAGAAGUAGAGGCUGGGGAUGUGAGGCCUGAACCAGAGCAUCCUGUGGCUGAGCCCUUUGGGAAUGUCUGUGUCCUGCCAGGAGAGAAUGCAGAAAGCAAAGACUUCAGCAAUGUGUCAUCUGAAUGGGGCAGCCUUAUUCUGGAGAUGGAGUCUCCCAGACUGAGUCAAGAACUCCAUUUCCAAGGAGUGCCAGAGAUUCCCCAAGCUCUGCCUGACCUUCAGCACUACCGAAAACACCUGACCAUGGAACUGCUGUGGCUGCAACAAGCCAUCGUCAGCCGUAAGAAUUAUCUGAACCUGAAACAGAGCUUGUGCAACCACGAGUAACUGAAUGCUGUUCUGUAGACAUGUCCCAAGGUCCCUGUGUACACAGAGUUGGAAGUUCGCCCUCCUUUGCCAACUGCUGGAGAAAAGAGAGUGUGGGAGGGCACUCCCUCCAUGACAGCAGGCAAGUCUUUUUAGCUCUUUGGAAUUAAUCACUUCACGUGGCCUCCCUGGAUCCUGAUUGUGCUCAGCUUUGACAUUUGCAAGAGCAACAAUGAAGCUUACCUGUGGACUUCUCAAACCAAAGAUGUUCUUAUGGUGGGUGUGUUAUUGACAGAUACCUUAUGUAGGUCUGGCUUACAUCCUAAUGAGUGUGACUAGAAUUGCACUGGAAGAAAGCCAUGCUUGUUCCCUCCUCUUGCUGCAGGCUUCUGUGCCUCCCAAAAUUGUGCUCCUGAAAGUUAGUGGGCCCCCAGGAACACUAUUGGGAGCAAUAGGAGGGGGAAAUUGGCAGAAAUCGCCCUCUUCUCCUACACCAACAGAGAUGCCAUUCUGCUUGGAAUUACACUGAUGGAACGGCAGCUGAGGAUCCAAAGCAAUAUUUCUGCAGGCUGAAUUUAUACAGCCUUUGAUGGAGGCAAGUUCAAGCUGAAAUUUCAUGUUUAGCAACCUUUUCUGAACUAGCUGGUAUUUGGCCCAGGUGUGUUGACUGUUAUUGCAUAUGGGGUACUGGAAAGAAGGAGCCACAUCUCUAUAUGUCUCAAGUUGUAGACAAGAGCUUUGUGGUUGCCAGUGUUCCAACUACUGAGUGUCCAGCUUAGAAACCUUUGGAAUCUCACUGUGAAUUCUCCCUCUGAACCCCAGCUCUUCUCUGGUCUUUCCACAGGUGGAGUAGUCUUUCUUUUUGCACUCGUGAAGCUUGAUAUGUGUUUAAAUCAGCCUUGUUAUGCAGUCAUGUCAUCAGCCUUUUCCAGAACUCUAUCAUCAGACACCAUUACUGGUCUGAUACUUGGACUGUGGAGUCUGAGGGGCUUUGUCAGGGGUUCAGCAUGUGUGUUUUAUUUUUGAAUAUUUUUUUCACUGUUUGGAGGCUGUUCUUUGUAUCUUUGAGUGCAUUGCCCCAGCAGGGAAAUUAGAAGAGGUCUUUAUGCAUUGAUUUGGUUGACCUACACCCUGCCAUCAAGUCCUUUAGAGAGUAAUGUUAUCUUCCCUCCUGUAUGAAGUUCAGUUUUGUGGAACUCCCUGCCACCAGAUCUCUACCUGGCCAGCUUGUUCUAGGUUUUGAAAAAGAGUGAAUAUUUCCCUGUUUUGUGAAAAGCUCAUAGUCAAAUUGGUACUGUUGCAUAUCCAAAUGUAUCAGGGUGGAAUCUGCCCCAAAGGUGCCAUGCCUUGCCACUCAAUAAAUACAUUACAUAAAAA